AUGAUGGCGGCCUACGGUGUUGUUCGGGGAACCCGCGGAUUGCUCGAUGGUUUGCGGCUGUCGUUUAGGAGUCUGGCGCCGGUCAAGCGUGGUGCGCCGACGCUAUCGGCGAAACGAUGCUACUCGGUCAGCCACCUAUCCGUGCGGGAGCGCAUUGAGAAGAAACGAGAGGCGGCGCUGGUCGGGGGAGGUCAGAAGAGGAUCGACGCGCAACACAAACGGGGCAAGCUGACGGCUCGGGAGCGAGUGGAGCUCCUGCUGGACGCCGAGUCCUUCUGCGAGACAGACAUGUUUGUGGAGCACCGCUGCUCCGACUUCGGCAUGGAGCAGGAUCAAAACAAGUUCCCCGGUGACAGCGUGGUGACGGGAAGCGGGAGGAUCAAUGGCCGCCUGGUGUACGUCUUCAGCCAGGAUUUCACCGUGUUUGGUGGGAGUCUGUCUGGAGCUCACGCACAGAAGAUUUGCAAGAUAAUGGACCAGGCCAUGAUGGUGGGAGCACCCGUCAUCGGCCUCAACGACUCCGGAGGUGCUCGCAUCCAAGAAGGCGUGGAGUCUCUGGCUGGCUAUGCGGAUAUAUUCCUGAGGAACGUGAUGGCGUCCGGGGUGGUGCCUCAGAUCUCCCUCAUCAUGGGACCAUGUGCGGGGGGCGCCGUCUACUCGCCCGCCCUGACCGACUUCACCUUCAUGGUCAAGGACACGUCGUACUUGUUCAUCACGGGUCCUGACGUGGUCAAGUCAGUCACCAAUGAAGAUGUCACUCAAGAGGAGCUGGGCGGAGCCAAGACGCACACCAGCGUGUCAGGCGUGGCACAUCGAGCUUUUGAGAACGACGUGGAAGCUCUGCUGCACCUGCGCCACUUCUUCAACUUCCUGCCGCUCAGCAAUCAGGACGCGGCGCCUGUCAGGGAGUGUCUCGACUCCGGCGAGCGCCUGGUUCCUAUGCUGGACACAAUCGUCCCGUUCGAGUCGACAAAGGCCUACGACAUGUUGGAUAUCAUCCACGCUAUAGCAGAUGAGAGAGAAUUCUUCGAGAUCAUGCCCGACUACGCCAAAAACAUCGUGGUGGGGUUCGCCCGCAUGAACGGGCGCACGGUGGGGAUCGUGGGGAACCAGCCCAAAGUAGCUUCUGGCUGCCUGGACAUCAACUCGUCCGUGAAGGGCGCUCGCUUCGUGCGCUUUUGCGACGCCUUCAACAUUCCCAUCGUCACCUUCGUGGACGUGCCGGGCUUCCUGCCGGGCACGUCUCAGGAGUACGGCGGUAUCAUCCGACACGGAGCCAAGCUGCUGUUUGCCUUUGCCGAGGCCACCGUUCCUAAGAUCACCGUCAUCACCAGGAAGGCUUACGGCGGCGCGUAUGACGUGAUGAGCUCCAAACAUCUGAGAGGAGACGUCAACUACGCUUGGCCCACGGCCGAGGUGGCCGUCAUGGGCGCCAAGGGAGCCGUUCAGAUCAUCUUCAGAGGGAAGGAGAACCAGGCCGAGGCCGAAGCGGAAUAUGUGGACAAGUUUGCCAACCCUUUUCCUGCUGCAGUCAGAGGUUUCGUGGAUGACAUCAUCGAGCCGUCCGCCACGCGCAAGAGGAUUUGCAGAGACUUGGAAGUGCUGGCCAGUAAGAAGCAGGUCAACCCUUGGAAGAAGCACGCCAACAUUCCUCUGUAAAAAAACAUUGCAUCACCCCCCCCCCCCCCCCCACACUGGAAGCCUGGAGUGCAUAAAACAUCAGCAGGUCAAUCCCAGAUAGGAUCAGUACAAUUUUUUAAUGGCAUUCUUGUCAACUGAAGAAUUUCAUUCAUACUAUGAAUAUUUUUAUCAUUUUCUUUUUUUCCCUCCCCUCUACCUUCAACUUCACUCUUCAUGUCUGGAUUUAGGUCAAACCGAAAUGGUGCCUUUUCAAUCAAAAUACAAUAAAUAGUGAACUUUAAUAAAA